CUUACGUAGGUCAGUUACCGCCCGACCGCAGGGGAGCAUGGCUGCGUCAAAAGUUUUACCGCGAUCUCGCAUUCUCUGUUUACAUGCGCUAUAAAUCGUAGUUUAUACAAUAAAUAAACUUUACAAUAUUGACUACAAAGUAAUUUAAAGUUUAAAUAUAGACUAUCAGUGACAAAUAAAGGACAAAUGAACUAUUUUAUUGUGACAAUAUGACCAGAAACUUAAGUGAAAUGAUUUUGUUAAAAGUUUGGAUGUGUUUGCUUGUAGUGGUCGGUGCGCGCGCACGUUCCGCACCGCCCGCCCCCAACGGCUGUCAGUGGGACUAUUCGGAUGCAAAGUUGAGUGAAUCUAACUUUCUCACGUGUAACAUCAAAACCAUAGGUUCCGCUGACUUUUUGUUUAAAAAUAUUACCACUGCGCAGGCGUAUAACAUCAACAAGUUGAAAUUGACAUGUACAGACUUACUUUUCUUCGAGAGUUCAUUGCACAUGAAUACAGGCAGUUUUUUGGGACAGCUGAGAAAACUAGAGGACCUGCGCAUUGAAUACUGCAAAAUUCGCUAUGUACCGGCCACUGUUUUAUCUCCACUUCGUGAUUUAACUAGUUUGACCUUGCGCUCAUAUAACACAGAUUGGCCUGCAAUGACCAUGGAGUUUCAUGCUGAAAGUUUUCGUGGUUUGAUGGAACUACGCACUUUGGAUUUAGGCGAUAACAAUAUUUACAUGCUACCUUCUGAAGUAUUCUGUCCACUCUUCAGUUUGGAAUCACUUAAUCUAACAAACAAUCGAAUUCAAGAUAUAUCCGAUAUCGGCUUUUCUGAUUGGGGUAAAGGACCAAUCGCACCAGGUAAAUCAUGCAACACUGGAUUAAAGAUGCUUGAUUUAUCUAAUAACAAUAUUUUAAGAUUACCUGAUAAUGGGUUAUCCAGCCUCAGAUCCUUAGAAGUGCUGAAUAUUCAAAACAACUUAAUAAAUGAAAUAGGAGACAGAGCCUUUGUCGGACUAAAUUCUUUGAGAAUCUUAAACUUAUCGGGAAAUAAGUUAGUCGCCGUUCCUCCAGAACUAUUUCAAUCGUCGAGAGUUAUAAAGGAAAUCUCGUUAGCGAACAACUCAUUGUCUGUUUUGGCUCCAGGAUUAUUAGAAGGACUAGAUCAACUAGAAAAAUUGGAUUUAUCUAGAAAUCGACUUACUAAUGACUGGGUCAACCGUGACACAUUUGCUGGGUUAAUUAGAUUAGUUAUUUUAAAUCUAUCAUAUAACUCAUUAAUUCGAUUAGAUCCAAAGUCAUUUCAAGAUUUAAAUAAUUUGCAAGUCUUAAAUUUAGAUAAUAAUGCUAUUGAAAUAAUUAGUAAUGGCGCCUUUGCAGAGCUUAGAAAUUUGCAUCAGUUGUCAAUAUCAGACAACAAAAUUAAGGCACUCAAUGAAAAUAUUUUUUCAAAUUUGUUUGUUUUAAAUCAACUCUAUUUGGACAAUAAUCGAAUCGCAACAAUUCACGAUCGUUGCUUCGAAAAUAUCACUUAUUUACAAGAUCUAGGCCUAAAUGGUAAUAAUUUAAAUACGAUUCCUGAUGGUAUUAAGAGACUUAGAUUUUUGAAAACCCUCGACAUUGGCAAAAAUAACAUAACAAAAAUAUAUAAUGUAUCUUUUGAGGGCUUAGAAGAACUUUAUGGAUUACGUCUUGUUGAUAAUUAUAUUUCAAGUAUACCAAAGGAUACUUUCAGUACUUUACCAUCACUACAAGUUCUUAACUUAGCAUCUAAUAAAAUAGAAACAAUCGAACAAGAUGCAUUCUUAUCAAAUCCAACAUUAAAAGCCAUUCGUUUAGAUGGAAAUAAGCUGACUGAUAUUCGAGGCGUAUUUAACAAAUUGAAUACCCUUGGCUGGCUCAACAUAUCGGACAAUAAACUAAUCUACUUUGAUUUUAGUUAUAUGCCAGAAAAUCUUGAAUGGUUGGAUAUUCAUAGCAAUAAUAUCACUAAAUUAGAAAACGAACACAAUGCACAACAAAACAUCCGAAUGCUUGACGUAAGCUACAAUGCGAUUGAAAAUAUCGAUGAAAGGUCGAUACCCGAAUCUAUUGAAAUACUUUUCUUAAAUAACAACAAGAUUCACACGAUUCAUCCAGGUACAUUCUUACAAAAAAGGAAGUUAGAAAAAGUUGUCGUGACAGAUAAUAAGCUGAGAACUGUUGAACUAUCAGCAUUUACUUUGCCUCAUAUACCAAAAAGUAGACUUUUGCCAACAUUCUUUAUUGGUAAUAAUCCUUUCAUUUGUAAUUGUCAUAUGAUUUGGUUACAGAAAAUUAAUUUAUGGAAUCACAUGAGACAAUAUCCUAGAUUUGUAGAUUUAGAGUCUGUAACAUGCGAAGUUGUAAACAACAAAUAUGGUGGUAAAUCUAAUUUAAUGGAUGUUCCAGAGUCACAGUUUCUAUGCUCAUAUGAAACUCAUUGUUCAUCUAGCUGUUUUUGUUGCGAUUUCGAAGCAUGCGAUUGCAAAAUGACAUGCCCAGAAGGUUGUUCUUGCUUUCAUGACAGUAAUUGGAAUUCAAAUGUGAUUGAUUGUUCUAACGUUGGGUAUACUGAUAUACCUGAAAAAAUACCCAUGGAUGCAACUGAAUUAUAUCUUGAUGGUAAUGAAUUCGGUUCUCUUGGCAGUCAUUUAUUUAUUGGUAAAAAGAAAUUGCAUAAGCUCUAUUUAAAUAAUAGUAAAAUAGAGACUAUUGAUAAUGACACAUUCAAUGGCCUUCAUGCAUUAAAUGUUCUCCAUCUUGAAAAUAAUCACAUAACUGAGCUAUAUGGUGGUGAAUUUUCACAAACAAGGCAUUUAAGAGAGUUAUAUUUGAAUGAUAACCUCCUAAUAAGUGUUGGAAACAAAACCUUUGAGCACUUGAAUUUUUUAAGAAUUAUUCAUUUACAAGGUAACAAGGUUAUUGAUCUUGACAAAAAAUUAGCCCACAUUAUACACCUCGAGAGCAUCAAUGUUGAAGGAAAUAUAUUUACGUGUACAUGUGAUAACGUGCUAUUGUUACAAAAUUGGUUUAAAAAACACUAUGAAGAUCCAGAUGAAAUGUUCUGUGCUGACGAAAGUGGACUUAUUUCUAACCUAACUGUGUUUGACGUUAUAGAUAAGUGUCGUGAUUCUACCGUGACAGACAAUACAAUUCCUACUGAGAAUCAACCGUACCAAUAUGAUGAAGUGAGCACUAUAAAACUAAAUUUUGUGCCACUUUUAGCUGUAGUUUUAAUUAGUGUAAUUCUAAUUCUGUUGUUUGGUGCCUUAGCAUUCUCAUUUAGACAAAAUGUACGCCUUUGGGCUCAUUCUAAAUAUGGUGUUAGAUUAUUUAAAAGUGCAUCUAUUCAAGAAAGUGAGCUUGAUCGAGAUAGGUUAUAUGAUGGAUAUGCUGUGUAUAGUCUGUUAGAUGAUGACUUUGUAUCUAAAGUAGUAGCCCCUGAAAUGGAACAUUCCGGUUACACAAUGUGUUUUCAUUAUAGAGAUUUACAACUAGCACCAGAAAAUUACUUAACAGACCAAAUAACUAAUGCUGCUGAAUCUUCCAAAAGAAUUUUAAUAUUUGUAUCAUUUAAUUUCUUACAAAAUGAAUGGUCAAAACUUUCAUUCAAAGAUGCGAUGAAACAUAUUAUAACAUCUAUUCACCCUUCAAUACGACGACACAGAGUUGUUUUCAUUUUAACAACUGACGUAAGUGCACUAAAUUUAGACAUAGAUUUUCAAAAUUAUUUAAAAUCAUGCAAUGUCCUAUUAUGGGGUGAAAAGAAGUUUUGGGAAAAAAUAAGGUUUGUUAUGCCAGAUAUUUCCAACUUACAAUGGAAUAAAGACACAAUAAAUUACAAUCAUGGCGUUUGUCCAAAUGCAAGGCGGCAUCCCUCUAGAUAUACAGCAUCUCCCACUGCCCCUGAGCAUUGGUAUAAAUACGAUGCCAUACCGCCACAAACACCAACCACUGCAAAUGUUGGUAUUAAUAUAGAAGAUGACACGUCAAUGUUAACAAAUACAACUUUGACGAGUCAGAUUCAAGAUGGUGAAAAUCUUCACCACAGUUAUAUUUCAAUAGACACUCAAAAUUAUGAACAACCAUACGGCGGUCGGCCUAGACCACCAAAUACGAUUCGUAAACAUACUGUAUCCCACUCCCCUUCAAUGCUUGAUGAGCAGGGUUACUUACAACCACGGUCAUCUGUACACGAGGGCUUGCCUCAAACCCAUUCAGCUCACAGAUGAUAAGACACUAUUUUUAUCUUUAAAGAUAUUUUAAUGGAACUUCACAUUCCAAGCACAUGUGUUGGCUGCUUUUUAAGUUGGCCAUGCCUUAUUGAUACGUGAUAAUUUUACAAAAGUGUUGAGUCAGAUUAUUUGGCCAAAAUGUAAAACAACUAAUUUGUUCCUUAGUAGUUAAAAAUGUAUUUGAAGAGACUGUUACUAAAAUGUAUAUUGUAAUUGAUGUAAAUUAAAGCCUUGAGUAUAAUGUAAAUUAUGUACUAUAAAUAUGAUAAUAAACAAUUUAUUGUUUAUCAUUAAGACUGAUGUAAUAUUUGUAAAAAAAGAAAAGAAUUGCCAGUAUCAUGACUAAAUGGGCAUGUUUAAAUAAGUAUUUUCGUAUAGUAUGUAUUAUCUCAUUGUUACCAAAUAUUUUGUAAGUAAUUAUUGUAUAAUUAUUAAUCCAUAAGUUAAGUAUUGUGUAGAUAUACUAGUCAUUAGUUAGGAAUUGACAGGUUGAAACUUCAGAUAGUUUUGACUAAAUGGUUUAUGAUACUUACGUUCUAUCAAGUAUAAUGUGUGCUUAAUAAUAAGUAUCAUUAACUAUAUGGCUAACAACAAUAAAUAUUAUUAUAAAUGUCGACUGUUAAAUAUAUUUAAUCAAAAUUAAAUGAGAAUAUAAAAAUUA